AUGCGGAACUACGAGCUGGUCCACAGCCGAGUGAAGUUCAUCUAUCCCAGUGAAGAGGAGAUGGGAGACCUGACUUUUAUUGUGGCAGAGAGAAAGAACGGCUGUGCAUCUUCCUCACGCAGCUUUAACAUCCUCCUCUACCUCCUCGUGUUCCAGGUGAUACAUCAGAGCUCCACCCCCUCUGGUUCUGGCCCCGCCCCCGCCCCCUGCAGCUCGGGUCCGGUGUUGCAGCCACGGACUCUGAUCCUCACCAGCACAGACGUGUUUCUGCUGGACGAGGACUACGUCAGUUACCCUCUGCCCGACUUCGCCAAAGAGCCCCCAUCGAGGGAGCGCUACCAUCUGCGCGAGGCCCGGCGGAUCCGUGACCUGGACCGCGUUCUGCUGGGAUAUCAGACUUACCCACAAGCUCUGACGCUGGUCUUCGACGAGCUGCCAGGUCCAGACCUGCUGUGCCCGCUGUCACUGGACCAUUUCUCGGCUCAGGUCACGACCACUGAACACGAUACACCUGCUCCCGGGGGCGGGGCCAGGAGUCCAGGAGGCGGGGCUUACUCUGGAGAGGUGCAGUGGUGCGUGUUUGUCCCGUCUGCAGACAGCAGAGAGAGGCUGAUCUCGCUGUUGGCGCGGCAGUGGGAGAUGCUGUGCAGUAGGGAGCUUCCAGUGGAACUGACUGGAUGA